CAACUGAGCCUCAUUUUUUUUCUAACAGUCAUAUCACAUUCUCUCGCCAUUAUAACAUUUCUAAAACGACCUUCGGCGAUUGAAUUGUUAACGAGUAGAGAUCCUUUCGCCUGCAAUGAAACUUUAUUUGACACAGAUACCUGCCAAAAUGUAACUUACGAUUAUUUCUGCACGCUUAACAAAUCUACCCAGGACUGGUUUUAUGAGCUUUACAGAGAGUCAAUGUCGGACACACAGCAUACACGGAAGGAGAUCAGGACACUGGGUGAGACAGAGAGACAGGAAUACAUUGAUGCUGUACUGGCCCUGAAAAAAGACACGACCAUAUGGCCCAACAAAUAUGACGCAAUUGCAAUGAUUCACACCAACCAGACUAUUUGCUCCAUUCAUAGAGGGAGCAACUUUUUAGGAUGGCACAGAGUUUUUCUUCUCAUAUUUGAAUCAGCUCUUCGUCAGAAAAACAAAAAGGUGGCUCUACCGUAUUGGGAUUCCCUACUAGACAACUACAUGGACAACAACCCGACUCCUUCAGAGUCUAUUAUCUUUACGAAUGAAUUUUUGGGAAAUGGUAAAGGUAUUGUGCGAACAGGCCCAUUCAAAUUUUGGAAAGAUGUCAAUAACUGCACACUUCGGAGAAAUCUGAAUUUUAAUAACUCCGGUACUUUAAUGACACACAGCACUAUCGAUAUGAUCAUGAAUGACUUGUCUGUACAUCACAUGAAACAAAUAGUUUAUAACAAGGAAAACAAUACCCACACAUUGGAAGGACAACACAACAUUGUUCACGAUUGGGUGGGCGGUAUGAUGUCCAUUUUGGACGAUUCUCCUCGUGAUCCCGUCUUUUUUCUCCACCAUGCUUACAUCGACUAUAUAUGGAGCAAAUUUAUUCAGAAACAAACGGCUAUGAAAGUUGAAGAAGAAUAUGAAAUUGUUGGGGAUGACAUCAAACGUCAUUAUCCUAACCGCACGAUGGAUUGUUUCUAUUGGAUGAGAAAUGUGGACGGCCUUAAAGCAAGUCUUGCAGCAAAUGUUCGUUACGAAGAUUCACCUACAUGUCCGGAUUGUGGUCAGUCUAAAUACCUGAAAUGUGAUAGGAAUCUUAAUAGAUGCGUUCCAAGUGAUAAGUUUACAACGGCUGGAAAAGAUAGUGUUCACAUGACAUUUUUCACACCCAUUCUGUUUUCUUUAUUUCUUUAUUUUAUUUCACUACUUAUAUAAUAUCAUGGGUAAUUACUUUGUAUCUUUUUUAUGUCACAAAUAUACUCGCUGUCAUAUUGUCCAA